AUGAGCAACAGUGGCAAGAGUGGGGAGGAUCUCUGCUGCGACAGCAGCAACGACGGGAAGAGCAACAGCAGCAGCAGCAGCGAGGAGGCAGGAGCGGCUCACGGUUCUCCGUCUGGGGAGUGCUUGGUCUGUUAUGAGGACAUAACGGAGGACAAUUAUUGCGAAUAUCAAGCUCCAGGAGACAGUAGGUGGUAUCCUUGUUUCUUUUGCUACCCCUGUGUGCAGCAGCUGCAGCAAACACAAUUUCAGCGUUACUGCGACGGUGUGUCUCGCUCCACCUGCGCGAAAGAGCAGCGGGCGCUGCUAACCCGUGGGCCCCCCGUAAACCUGUGGGACGCGCAUGCGUUUCCGGUCGCAGACAAGUCAGAAAUAGAGCAGCUCUGGGUCGCCAAAGACAGGCGAACAGCAUCAGCAAAGCUUGAUGGGAGCCUGACGGGCGAAGCGCGGGAGAAGCUGUGGAGUGAGCUUCGAGCCUUUCUUAUAGAAGACGAGAAGACGGAAGAUCCAAAGAAGCAGGAUAGCUAG